AUGAAGGAUUCAUUGAUCGUAAAUAAAUCUACAGACGAGGCGCAUCAAGUCGCCGCUGUGAAAUAUGCAAAGCUAGUCAGCGAAUUUGCGAACCUACCCGACGGCCGAGGAGCGAACCAUGAGAUACUUCGGCGAUUCCUCGAGAGGUUGCUAUCACAUGCAUCAGCUUCAAAGAAUCUUUCUCGUCAUGAAGAGCGCUUUGCGCUUGCGUAUACGUUUGACAAGGAUGAUGAGAAGCUUGAAAAGGUGUGGACGCUCAGCUGUGCCAUAGAAUACGAAUCAUGCUUUGACUUUGCAAACAAGACGGAUUCAGAGACCUUUAAAUCUUUGGGCAGGCUGCUCUUUCUUCGUGGUUUUCCUUCUGCGGAGUGGCUGAGCCUUAUUGGCGCUAGAUAUAAAGUUGAUUCGGAAUUCUUCAUGCGAUUUCUGCAUUUCAAGCCAGCUAAAGGAACUACCGUCAACUAUUCUCUUCCAGCUCUACCAGCAGCAACAUGGAACAUUCUCGAGCUUCCGAUAAUAACGAUCGGGGAAAGAAAAGUCCUCCCAGGAUUUGUACACCAGGCUGAUAUAGAUAACAUGCGCAAGGAAGCGAGAUUAAAAAUUCAAGAGCACCAUGAUCUUCUACGCGGACACGAAAUUACGGUGGCUUCUUCUAUAGUCAGAGACGUUGCUAUUAUUGAUCACAAUAGUUUUGCUCUCGAACAAUGUAUCUGGAUUUGUCUCCAGCCUCUUACAAGAAAAAACGCCGAAGAUUCUCAAUGGACACUUCUUGUGUGGACAGAUGCAGGGCGUACACCAAGCGUCAAGUCUAUCUUAGACUUAAAGGUCCUUCCAGAAGCGUUCCAGAACAAUGCAACAUCUCUAGCGCCCGUCAUCGACUACAAACCCGGUACAGGUCUCGCAGCUCAGCAAUAUACUUCCCAUGGACAUUUACACUCUAUUGGGGGUGCAGAGGCAGCAUCACAACUUUGUGUUGGAUAUGGUCGGACUUUGUAUACGGAUGUCAUGGCAACAGACCCACUCUACGCCCUGACCGAAGUAUUUAAUAUUACUACAGCCUCAGUAAAUCAGUAUCUAAAUCUUGUCGAGCACAAGUUGGCUGGAUUCACCGACGAUGAGCACUACGAUAAUUUCGACAUGCUAUCCAACCUAAGAUACAGUAAAGACAUACUAUAUCGACAGCAACGACAACUUGAGCAGGUCAAUGCUUGGCUGAAGCUUUAUCAACUACAUGGUGGAACUGGCUGGCGCACAACUAACCAGGAAGAUCCCAAAGCAGCUCAGGCGGUGACAUCAGUCGUUCAGCGAUACGAGUAUCUCCAGACACGAGUUAGAACAUUGCAAGCUCAAUGUCAAGAUGCUAUCUCUAGUCUUAUGAAUAGCAUCAACUUAAAGGAGAUAAAGAAUUCUUACGAACAAUCUAAACGUAUCGGCAAACUCACCUUCCUGGCUUUCGCGUUUGCACCACUGUCGUUUACGACAUCCUUCUUCGCCAUGAACAUAGGUUUGAAAGACCUCUCGCUUAAAACCUGGUUUGCAGCAACAAUUAUGCUAGUGAGCGUAACCUUUUUCCCCAUGAUAUUUGACGUUAUGGGCUGGGUUAAGAAUUUACAAAAGAAACUGUGCGAUGUGUGGAGGAAGGCGCGGUAUAUUUAA